ACAAGUGAACUACGGCCGACGAAGGACCGAGCGAGUUCUCGGUUUGUUGUUUUUUUUCCAUUCCGCUUCAUCGUCUCUUUUAUCGACGGCGGUAGGAGGCGAUGCCAGGCGAUCCUCCUUGUUGAUCAUCUUCCAGCGCCGGGUUGCUCUCUUCUCGCCUUUUGCUUCCAUAGUUUACGGCGUUAGGGUUCUAUCAAGUACCUGGAGGGAAAACUCCGGAUCCGAUGGGGCUCCUUGUGGGUCUUUUCAUCCUAGCGCUCCUGGUUGCUCCGCAAUCGCUCGCGGUGGAUGGUGCCUCCUCCAACAGAACCAACAAAUUCCGCGACCGCAAAGCAACUGACGAUAUGACUGGAUAUCCCCAUCUAGAUGAAGAUGCGUUGCUGAAUACCAAAUGUCCCAAGCAUAUAGAGCUGAGAUGGCAAACUGAGGUUAGCUCCAGUAUAUAUGCAACUCCACUAAUUGCUGAUAUCAACAGUGAUGGCAAGCUAGAGAUAGUGGUACCAUCAUUUGUCCAUUACCUUGAAGUACUUGAAGGUCCUGAUGGUGAUAAAAUGCCAGGAUGGCCUGCUUUCCACCAAUCAACAGUCCAUUCUAGCCCUCUCUUAUAUGAUAUAGACAAGGAUGGUACACGAGAAAUAGCGUUAGCUACCUACAAUGGAGUUGUGAAUUUUUUCAGGGUUUCUGGCUAUCUGAUGAUGGAUAAAUUAGAAGUACCUCGUAGAAAAGUUCAUAAAAACUGGUAUGUUGGCUUGGAUCCAGACCCAGUGGAUCGUUCACAUCCGGAUGUUCAUGAUGAUUUAAUUGCCCAGGAGAACUCUGCUAUGAAUUCAGUAUCUCAUAUAAAUGGGAGUAUGAAUGGGUUGAAUAAUUCUGAUUCUCCAAACAUUGUGAAUAACCCCUCAAUGAAUACAUCUAAGCUAGAGGACAAAGAAAAGAAUGGAUUGUCAAGCAAUCUUAAUGACACAGUCACACAGAAUGUUUCAUUGGGAAAUGUUAUGGAGGACAAUCAAACACGAAUUCAAAGAAGGCUUCUUGAAGAAACUGAUAAUAAAAGCUCUCAAGAUGAACAUUCUGAAGAUGACAAUACUGGAAUGCAAGGAGCAACUGUGGAAAAUGAUCAAGAACUGGAAGAAGAAGCUGAUUCAUCUUUUGAUUUACUUAGAGAUACAAAUGAGUUAGCUGAUGAAUAUAAUUAUGACUAUGAUGACUAUGUUGAUGAGUCAAUGUGGGGGGAUGAAAAUUGGACAGAAGAGAAUCAUCAGAAAGCAGAAGAUUUUGUAAGCAUAGAUUCUCACAUACUUUGCACUCCAGUAAUUGCUGACAUAGAUAAUGAUGGUACUCAAGAAAUGGUAGUGGCUGUUUCAUACUUCUUUGACCGCGAGUAUUAUGAAAAUCCGGAACAUUCAGCAGAGUUAGGGGGAAUCAACAUUGAAAAGUAUGUAGCCAGUGGGAUUGUAGUGUUUAACCUUGAUACAAAGCAAGUCAAAUGGAAUGCAGAUCUUGAUUUAAGUGUUGAUUCGGGAAAUUUCCGUGCCUAUGUUUAUUCUUCUCCCACUGUGGUUGACUUGGAUGGUGAUGGAACAUUGGAUAUUCUUGUUGGCACUUCCUAUGGCUUGUUUUAUAUUUUGGAUCAUCAUGGCAAAGUGAGAAACAAAUUUCCUCUCGAAAUGGCUGAGAUUCAAGCACCAGUUGUGGCAGCUGAUAUUAAUGAUGAUGGCAAAAUUGAAAUAGUGACCGUUGAUGCUCAUGGAAAUGUUGCAGCAUGGACUGCACAGGGAGAAGAAAUUUGGGAAGUGCAUCUUAAAAGCCUAAUUCCACAGAGUCCAACUAUUGGUGAUGUUGAUGGAGAUGGUCGCACUGAUGUAGUGAUCCCAACAGCAUCAGGGAACAUCUAUGUUCUAAGUGGCCGUGAUGGUUCACAUGUUCGACCUUUCCCCUACCGAACCCAUGGAAGAGUGAUGAGUCAGAUUCUAUUAGUUGAUCUCAAUAAACGAAAUGAGAAAUCCAAGGGGCUAACUCUAGUUACCACUUCCUUUGAUGGCUAUUUGUACCUGAUUGAUGGAGCCACAGGUUGUCCAGAUGUUAUUGACAUUGGCGAGACUUCAUAUAGCAUGGUCUUGGCUGGUAAUGUUGAAGGUGGGGAUGACCUUGAUCUUAUUGUGACAACCAUGAAUGGCAAUGUUUUUUGCUUUUCCACUCCCUCACCGCAUCAUCCUCUUAAGGAAUGGAGGUUGCCAAACCAAGGUAGAAACAAUGUUGCGGUUCGCAAUCACCGUGAAGGUAUAUUUAUUUCCCAUGCAUCCAGAGCAUUCCGGGAUGAAGAAGGUAAACACUUCUGGGUGGAGAUGGAGAUCAUUGACAAAUACAGGGUGCCCUCAGGGUUUCAAGGACCUUAUAAUGUUACAACAACUUUGUUAGUGCCUGGAAAUUACCAAGGAGAGAGGCGUAUUGUGGUAAAUCAGGUCUACGAUCGUCCUGGGAAACAGCGGAUCAAGCUUCCAACAGUCCCUGUCAGAACAACAGGAACAGUACUGGUUGAGAUGGUGGACAAGAAUGGGAUUUACUUCUCCGAUGAGUUUUCCCUUACGUUCCAUAUGCAUUACUAUAAGCUAUUGAAGUGGCUUUUAGUGUUGCCAAUGCUCGGGAUGUUUGGCAUCCUAGUUAUCCUUCGGCCUCAAGAAAGUGCCCCUUUACCAUCCUUUUCAAGGAACAGAGAUUAAUGUUUGCGAGUUGGAACACCUUUCCAAACUUUCUGUAGCAUAGAAUUUAUCAGUUUUCACUAAUUGCCAGCUCGGUUGAAUCAUCAAAUUAGGAAAACUCAAAUGUCGUACUGUAUCAUUUCAUUACUUCUAAGUUUUAUGUUUGUUUCUUGAGAAGGGAAAAAACGUACAGUGACUCCCUGCUAAAGUUACGAGGCUCGGGCAUGCUCAAAUAUUUUUGUAUGGGGAUAGCUAAGUUAUUUUAAAUGCAUGAAUGUUGUAUUCA